GACCAGGGUUCACAGCUGGAGGGGAAACUACAGACAGAAGGGAACGUCGACUCGUUGGACGCUCCGUUGAAGCGCAGAGAGGCAAGCAGCGGAGGGUCUUUCACGAUGAGUGGGGCACCGCACAGCGAAGGGAGAGCCAGGGAGGCAAAUAAAGUUCCUGUUCAUCCUGCUGCGGAUAUUUUUUGUGAAUGCUCGAGAAGGGAAUCGAGCGGCCGUAUGUUUCCCUCUUCUGAUUACGCCAUUGGCUCGACCCAGCGAGGCAGCACGAGGCAACCGGCUGCGCUGUUGCCAAGCGGAAAUCACAGACCUACGGCAUUUUCUUCUUCUUCCACAAAGAGAUACGUUCGCUUACCGUGUUGCCUCCAGCAUCAAGUAAUGCUCAGAAAUAAGUAUCCCGAUAAUUAA